UCGCCAGCGCACCAGCCCGGCCACCGCACGCGCGCCGCUCCCCCACCCAUGCCGACCGGCCAGGCGCGAGCGCCGCAGCCACCGCUGCCUCCGACGGAUCCCUCCUCCCCUGCUCCAGCGCACCGCCGCCACCGCACCUUCUCGUCGUCGUCCUCCUCGUCGUCGUCGCUCUCCACGGCCUCCUCCGCGGCGUCCUCGCCGUCGCCGUCCCCGCGCGGCCACGGCGCCACCUCCGUGCCCUUCUCCUGGGAGCACCACCCGGGCAUCCCCAAGGCGCGCACCUCCCCGCCGUCGCCGGCCGCGCCGCCGCUCCCGCUCCCCCCGCCCCUCCGCGCGCCGCCGUCCCGGCCCCGCCACAAGAACCACCAGCAGACCCGCCGCCGGCGCGCCGCCGGCAGCAGCCAGCCGGCGCCGGGCGCGGACCCCUUCGCCGCGGCGCUCGCCGAGUGCACCAGGGAGCGCGCCGCGGCGGCGGCGGGGCCCGACAGCGAUCGCCUCCUCAUGGACAGCCUCUUCCCGUCCCCGGCGGCGGCGCCGGCGUCGGCGUCGUGCGCGCCCGGUAGCCGGCGGUGGUCCAUCGCGUCGGCCGGCGGGGUGGUCGGGCUGCUCGACCUGUACGGGUGCAAGAGCGCCAUGGGCGUCGCGGAGGGAGCGUUCGUGGUGCGCCGGCCCGUGGCGGUGGGCCGGGCGGGCCUGGGCCGGGCCGGGCCGCGAUGAGGACCAUGGUGGUGGGUCGCAUCAUGAUGGACGGGCUCUCGGUUAGGUACAUAAAUAAAUAAUCGAUCCAUGUGCAAAAAAAAUGUUGAGAUCGAAAAUGGGGUUGCAACUUUUUUAUUUUUUUUAUUUGUGUUUUUUCAGUGGAACUUCUUAGUGGAUGUGAUUGUUACAAAUAUAUGAAUGUUUGGCAUAACCAUCCACUAAACGAUGUCGUCAAGUAGAAUUUUUAUAUUAUCAUUGAUGGUAUAUAUUUUAACCAAAAGUAUAUAAUGGGGUAUAUUGCCAUCUA